AUGGAUACCGCCACGAAUCAGGGCGCACGCAGGGGGUCUCCGCGACAGCCGGCGGAAAAAGUGUCUCCCGCAGCGCUAGAGCAUCCGCGGACGUUUGAGUCGCCAGCGCGGGUGUCUCCCCGGCAGGUGGCGGAAAAGGUAUCGCCCGCAGCAAGGAAGGGUGACCCGCAGCCGCCGCUUGAGUCGCCCGGAAGGCGCUCAGCGCGGGGAGGGGCUUCGCAGCAAAGCGGCGGCGAGCGGAGGAAGGCCGACGUGAGGAAAUUGUCGGAUUCGCGUGAAUUGCCUAACACAGCAGCCGUUGAAGCAGCACGGGAGGGUGACCCGCAGCCGCCGCUUGAGUCGCCCGGAAGGCGCUCAGCGCAGGGGGCAUCGUCGCAGCAAUGCGGCGGCGAGAGGAGGAAGGAGAGGGCGGAGGCGAGGAGGUCGCUGGAUUCGUGUGAUUUGCUGAAAAGGCCAGUCGUUGUGGCAGCGGGGGGUUGGUCUCCCCAAGCAUCGUGUGGCGGGAAGGAGCGGGCAAAGAAGGGGGUGCUGAAGGACAAACUCCUAAAGGGAGGGGAGCGAGAGAAGGGAGAGGAGUUGAAGGAUAAUUUUUUGAAGGGGCAGGGGAUUCUUGAAGGUGCAUCUCGUGGCAAGGGAAGGACGCCGGUGGUAGGCAGCAGCAGGAAGGCCAAGGAGCGGGAGACGAAGGAGUUGACAGAUAAGCUGCUGAAGGAGUUUUUUGAAGGGGCACCGUGUGACAUUGAAGGAACACCGAGUGGCAUUGUAGGAGCAUCUCCUGGCAAACGAAGGCCGCCCAUUGUUGGCAGCAGCAGCGCGAGGGCGAACGGCAGGAGGACUAUUGGGUCGCUGGCAGAGCUGCGACAGCUGGAAAUGACGGAGCAUGGGGAACGGAUGACGCAGCACGGGCGGCAGCUGACGCAUUAUGAGCGGCAGCAGCGCAAGGAGUUGGUUAAGAGGGGUAACAGCGGGCCUCUGCGCAUGUCUCCCUCCGCCCAUGCCGUCCGCAGGCGCAACAGGAGCAUGGGGGACGAUGCAGCUCUUUUUGACCCGACCCAACAGGCGCAGCAGUCACCUCGCAGGCGAAACAGGAGCACGGAGCUUGAUCCAGCACCUGUGACUCUACCCAAGAGUCGCCUAGGGAUUGCUCCUGCAGCAUUGCAUGUAAUGUCAUCGGCAAGCGACGAAGAGGGCGAGAAAACUCGCGCUGGUAACCGCGUAACGCAUCGCGAGUCAUCCGUCCCUUCCUCGGCAGGCAAGCACGCAGACUCUGGGAGAAUGGAGAGCCUUGGAGCGGUGGUUGAAAGCCCGAGAUACGAGUCGUUGAACGCACAAAGGGAGGCGGACGGAGAGGGGACAGAUGAGGAGGAAGAGGAAGAGGAAGAGGGUGAUGGAGAUGAAGAUGCAUGCAGAAGUUUUCAAAGCAGCAGAGGUGUAUCAGACGCAGGCUGCUAUGGUGAAUCUCCUCCUGCCACAGCCGUUCUUUCCGCUGCUCCGCGUCUGGACCAGCCGCAGUGUUUCUCCCCUGAAGCCACUCCACCCGGUCGCCUCGCAUCCUCGCUCAAAGCACUCGUUGGCAGGUUGACGUUCGCCCGCACUCGCGGGGACGGCAGCAGAGGAGGGGACAGAAGGGCUGGGGGUGGCAGUGGUGGCGGCGGCAGUGGUGGUGGCGGCAGUGGUGGCGGCGGCAGUGGUGGUGGUAGCGGCAGCAAAGCUGGUGGGUUCAAGGAGCCACCAACACCAACGCACGGGCUGCAGCGUGAUGGAACUGUGAAACCGAGGGGUGGGAAGGCAGGCGGUGCUGAUCGAACGACCAGCAGAAGCUGUUCCAAGGGUCCGUGUGAUCCCACGGUGUAG